CCUACAACAAUCAAUUCAUUCAAACUUCGACUGAAGCACCGUCGGUUCCUCAGUCUUUUCUCUUCCCUUUCUUCACAUGUAAUUCAUAUACCCCCUUUCUCUUCAUACACAUCGUUUUAAAACCAACCACUCCUCCCACCGAAAAAAACCCAAUCGCCGCUUACAUCCCAUCCCACCUCACCCAAACAAUGUCCACCCUCAUCCGCCCACCCCCCGUCAACACCUCCCAGUCCCCCAUCGAAAACCUCCUCGAGCUCACCCACCUCCACGACAUCGACCCCGACCUCUUCACAAACCGCCGCCCGCUAUGGCACCCGCCCGGCGCCCGUGGCAUCUACGGCGGCGCCGCCAUCGCCCAGACCCUCUCCGCCGCCCAGAAAACAGUCCCUAAAGAGUUCACUGUCCACUCCAUGCACUGCUACUUCGUCCUCGCCGGCAACUCAGACAUCCCCAUCAUCUACCACGUCGAGCGCGUGCGCUCCGGGAAAUCAUUCGUGACCCGCACCGUCCAAGCCCGCCAGCGCGGCCGCGUCAUCUUCACCACCACGGUAAGCUUCGUGCGCCAGAAUAGCGGGGGCGAGAAACUGGUCCAGCAUGCGGUUUCCAAGCCGGACAUCCCAGGCCCGGUCGAAGGCAUGGAUGAUCUGGAUCAGGGUGGAGCUAUGGAGCGGCCAUUCCAGAGCCAGCGGGUCGAAAUAUACAACGACGAUAGCAGCGAGCCGCAUACCAAGAAAUGCCGGCAGUGGAUCAAGGCGCGCGGGACCAUCUCCCCUGCAGGAGGCCAUGAAGCACAUCUUGCAGCUCUGGCAUACAUGUCCGACAGCUACUUCGUCGGCACCAUUGCGCGCGUCCACAAACUCACGCGCUUCGCCCCCACCCGCAAGAGCAACGCCAAAUCCAGCAUCGACGAGGAAGUCUUGAAGAAGUUGCUCGCCAUGGACGACAAGGAUUUGAAGAGAGUCGGGUAUCUGGACCAGCACGACAUUGACCGCAUCCGGAAACUCAAAAACGGCGAACAGCUGCCUGAAGAGAAGGAAGAGGACGAGAAGCCCGAGAUUGGCAUGAUGGUGAGUUUGGAUCACGCAAUCUACUUCCACAACCCGCGCGAGUUCCGCGCCGACGAGUGGAUGUUUGCCGAGAUGGAGACGCCGUGGGCCGACGAUGGACGCGGUCUUGUGUUCCAGAAGAUUUUUUCAAAGAGCGGCGUGCUGAUCGCAACCUGUGUUCAAGAGGGCCUCGUGCGAUUGAAACAACCAAACGAAUCCACUCCUCCUCCUCCCACUACUACUACAAAGAGUAAACUGUAG